GCGGAGAAGUCAUCGGCCAACUUGAAAUGUUGUGGCAUGAGCUACUCGAGCAUGGAGGCGAGCCCUUUGAUCUGUACUUUUCACCCAUUCGUGAUGCCCGGCCUUCUCUGACACUGAAGGUCGCUGUUGUGCAGACUCGUGGAAAUCCAUUGCUUCAUGCCACAUACGAUUUGCCAAACAAGAAUGUCGCUGAACUGACUAAUGCUUUGGAGCUAUUCAGUUCGUUCUGGACCAGCGUCCGGUUAAUCAUCCUCACCGCGCGGGCCGCUCUCACCAAUCUCGCGUGGGCCGCCUUCAAGGGUACAUUGGCAAGGAUCUCCAAGACAUCGACUCUACUAUAUCUCUAUUCCGUGACGCCCUUGUAUUACGCCCGCAGCGUCACCCCCGAUCAUGUCUAUUAUCUCACCGAAGCACUGACUAGGCCCCCAACUACUGCUGCCAGCAUCGGCGAAACUGCCCAACUCUACUAUGAGCUGCUACCUCUCUGUUUCGAGGGCACAUAUCUUCGGAAGCAUCACAAUUGUGUCGGUUAUGUUAUCGGCCAAUGUAACAAUCUACCAAUAGAUGUGUCCGAUAAAGGCAUCCACCUUCGACGAAUCGUGCUCAAGCUCUGCCAAGUUCCAACUGGGGUCGUUAAUGCCAUCUCGAUGCCCUCACCAAGCUUGCAAAGUAGGCUUCGUACAAUGCGGCAGCGUCGAUGA